GAGAGCGCCGGCACUUGCGCAUCGUAACUCGUAGACGACUUUCGGUAGACCGGCGAGAAGCAAGCACGCGACAUAAGGGAUUAAAUUCAGUACGCGGGAAGCAGUCGUGGUGUGUAGAGCUGCUUGAUUUUUCAACCAGGAGUGUGGGCUUAUUGUGUGUUCAACUUUUUUUUUUCGACACCUAACGAGCUUGCGCUCACGCUUGUUGGGACGAGCAUUUGUGUAUACGAGGGUGAGAUUCAUUUCUCAUUGUUAUUGCCGAAAACUUUCGACAGACAAAUCGCCGAGAUGACUACUCUUUUGCAACAGCUCGCAGCCUACCAAUACGAUUCGGAGAAAUUGUUGACUGGUGGCGAGGACAGCAACAGUUCGAGCUUACAGCAGCAGCAACAGUAUCAGGAGCACAUUCGCGACAACAAAUUGCAACAGCAGCAGCAACAGUAUCAAGAGUACAUCCGCGACAACAAAUUACAACAGCACGAGCGCGAACAACACUUGCAUCAGUUGCAGUCCAUCAACAAUUUGCUAUUGGAAAUGCCGCCGCCCUUAUCGCCUAGCUCAUCUUUCGGCGGUUCCAUGGCGUCGCCGACAAAAACUACUGCGACUGGUUUGGAAGAUAUGUCGAUAACCGAACUCUUUGGCCUUGGACUUCCUCGUGGCUCUUUGAUGGGUGAUGGACAGAAGCAGUCGGGACAAUCGAACUGUGACACUAAUGGUGGCAACAGAGAUUACCUCCACCGACGGUCUGAUACCAGUGGAUAUGCACAUUCAUCUAGUGGUUACUAUUUAAACUCGACGUCGCAUAAGCAAUACAGUAGCAUGGAGGCUUUUUAUCAAAGUACAGAAGUGCCAAGCUCGCCAAUCUCUGUCCAUGCACCAACAAGUCCAAGCACACCAGAGAGCGUUUACUCAAAUGCGUAUUCUUACUCCAGUGUAGCAAGUAGCCCUUACACAUCCUCGUCAUCUCCUGAAUCGCCAGGCUACAGCAAACAAUUGAAUCUCUCCCCAGUUCGUCGGUGCUACGGAAGACCCAUUCGAGGCAAUUCUACUCCUUAUAGAAGUCAAAAUGUUUCCAGUGACUGUCCGUCAAGUCCAUCCGUGGAGUUUCCGUCUCACGUUUAUAACUGUAAUGGUACCAGAUCGAAUUCUCCAGCUGACUCAGAUAACAGUGUUAGUAGUUUUGACGGCCACGUUUCUGAGGCAAUGAAUACGAUGACACUUACACACGGCCAACACCGCUGUUACCCUUCAGUUAGUCAAAAUUCGAUGAUGGAUGCAAACAAGUACAUCCAGAAUGGUAGAGGAUCGAUGGACGCCCAGAGAUACACAAAGUACUUGAAUGUCCCGACCCCGAUGCACCAUUUCCAUCACCACGCUCAUGACCACUCUCGCAAUCAGGACUGCAACCAUCAGUAUAGUGGCAAUUGUACAAAUAUGUGCAGCUCAGAAAAGAAUUGCUGUAUGGGCAAUAAGCGCAACGUUAAUUUGAAUACUUUGCCCAAUUCCUUACCACAAACCUUGUCUCUUGACAAAGCUGCUAGAUGUCACAGAAACGCUGCGGCGGGGUCAGAUGCAACUUACACUUGGAGAGGUGACUUACCUCAAAGGACACAAAAACCAGUGGCAUAUUCUUCGAAGGUGUUUUUAGGUGGUGUACCAUGGGAUAUAACUGAGGCCGCUCUGAUUUCUACAUUCAAACAGUUUGGUUCUAUAAAAAUUGAGUGGCCAGGGAAAAAUCAAACUCCAGUUCAACCUAAAGGAUAUGCAUAUAUUAUUUUUGAAUCUGAAAAACAGGUAAAAAAUCUCCUGGCUAAUUGUACUCAUGACUUUUCUAAUGGCGGCAGCUACUACUACAAGAUUUCAUCUAAAAGAAUGAAAGGCAAAGCAGUUCAAGUGAUACCAUGGUCAAUCAACGACAGUAACUACGUGAAGUCAACGCAACAAAAAUUGGAUGCCGAGAAAACUGUGUUUGUUGGAGCUUUACACGGAAUGAUCACUGCUACUGGUUUAGCUAGUAUCAUGAACGACCUUUUUGACAACGUUAUCUAUGCAGGUAUUGACACCGACAAAUUCAAAUAUCCAAUUGGAUCGGCGCGUGUGACUUUCAGCAGUAAACAAUCUUACAACAAAGCCGUAAACGCAGCUUUUAUUGAAGUAAAAACUGCCAAGUUUGCGAAGAUAAUUCAAGUUGAUCCCUACAUAGAAGAUGCCCCGUGUUCCAGCUGCUUUGUCCAACAAGGUCCAUACUUUUGCAGAGAAAGGAUCUGCUUCAAGUACUACUGCCACACCUGCUGGAAUUGGAAUCAUAAUAACUCAUCGAUGAGCUGGCAUAAGCCAAUGUCACGCGGUUUGAAAAACAAUCAAGUUAUUGGUUUGUCUCCGAGUACUAUUGGACGUUUUACUCGUCCUCCAUACUUUAUCUAAUAGUUGUAAGUUAAACUAAUCUGGUGUCAUUGUUCGAUCAAUGCUCCUUCGAUCGACAAACAUACAUCUUAAUUCUUUCUUUUGACAACAAUCGGCGGAGGAGCGAAAACUGUAGGUUUAUUAAGUAACAAACGAAAACUCAAGCGACGCCGCAUCAUGAGAUUUUUUUAUAGUCUGCGGUUAGAACUUUGUAAGAGAAAGAAUAAUCGUUUAUUUGCUUAUUAAGAUUAAUAUUUGAGCGAGUUUAAUGUUUGUUCGAUUAGAAAGAGAUCGAUAGUUUCAACGAUUAUAGAGCUUAAUCACUUUGAGUUCCUAGUACGUACGAGGAGACCAUUAUUUUUUUAUUUGUUGGUAGAUAUAUUUAUCAAGCGUAGUGACUUGGGUUAAAAUAUUGUUUUAAUUAUGUAUUUAAAGAGAUAAAUAUAAUUAUUGUUAUAGUUUGGCAUUCGUAAACGCCAACGAAAAAAUCCGAUCGGCGGAUCAGCCCAGUCAGUUAUUAUUGAUAUCAUUCGAUUUAUGAUUCACAUAAGAAGUGUUAUUUGCCAGUCAGUAAACUGUUUCUGGCAAUUGAAUAUUAGGCGUUUAUAAUGAAGCGUGGAAACAGGUCUUACCGCUACAGCAGCCCUCUUAUUCUUUUGGCCAUUUAAAAUAUGACGAAAAAUGGAGUUGUACUAGGGCCUACAAUUCUCAUUGUAGAGUUUGAUUUUUUUUUAUUAUUUUUUUGUUAACAUUUAAUUUUCUCGCAAUUCGCGUGUUGCGUUCAUUCGUUUCAAAUUACUGAUUUUCCACUGCGCUGUCUUUAAUGUUUCGUUUAUUUUUUUAAAAUUUUUGUUAAAUUGAAUUAAACAAUUUAGAUCUUUGCACAUUUUUUUAUAAUGCU